AUGAGUGAGAAAGAGGUGAAUGAGAGAGAAAGAGAGGAACGAGAGAGAAAGAGGAGAGUCAGAGAGAAAGAGAGGAACGAGAGAGAAAGAGGGGAACGAGAGAGAAAGAGGGGAAAAGAGGGGAGUGAUAGAGAAAGAGAGGAACGAGAGAGAGAAAGAGGGGAACGAGAGAGAAAGAGGAACGAGAGAGAAAGAGAGGAACGAGAGAGAGAAAGAGGGGAACGAGAGAGAAAGAGGGGAACGAGAGAGAAAGAGAGGAACGAGAGAGAAAGAGAGGAACGAGAGAGAAAGAGAGGAACGAGAGAGAAAGAGGGGAGUGAUAGAGAAAGAGAGGAACGAGAGAGAAAGAGGGGAACGAGAGAGAAAGAGGGGAGUGAUAGAGAAAGAGAGGAACGAGAGAGAAAGAGGGGAACGAGAGAGAAAGAGGGGAGUGAUAGAGAAAGAGAGGAACGAGAGAGAGAAAGAGGGGAACGAGAGAGAAAGAGGAACGAGAGAGAAAGAGAGGAACGAGAGAGAGAAAGAGGGGAACGAGAGAGAGAAAGAGAGGAACGAGAGAGAAAGAGAGGAACGAGAGAUAAAGAGAGGAACGAG